AUGUGGACUGAGAAUUGGACCGGAUGGUUUAAGCAAUGGGGUGGUAAAAAUCCUCAUAGAACAACUGAAGAUGUUGCAUUUUCUGUUGCAAGAUUCUUCCAAAGAGGAGGAACUUUUAAUAAUUAUUACAUGUACCAUGGAGGCACCAACUUUGAUAGAACCGCAGGUGGUCCAUACAUCACAACUUCAUAUGAUUAUGAUGCUCCCCUAGACGAAUAUGGUAAUUUGAACCAACCAAAAUACGGUCAUUUGAAACAACUUCAUGAUGUUCUUCAUUCUAUGGAGAAAACUCUCACAUACGGAAACAUCUCCACCAUUGACUUUGGAAACUCCGCAUCGGCAACAAUUUAUACAACCCAAGAAGGAUCUAGCUGCUUUUUUGGAAACGGAAAUGAAAAUUCAGAUGCAGCAAUUAGUUUCAGAGGAGAAUCUUAUGUUGUCCCAGCUUGGUCUGUUACCAUUUUACCGGAUUGCAAAACAGAGGCUUAUAACACCGCCAAGAUUACCACUCAGACUUCAAUGAUGGUUAAGAAACCAAAUGAAGCUGAAGAGGACCCUUCAACUCUAAAAUGGUCAUGGAGACCAGAGAACAUGGACAAUUUCCUUUUGAGAGGAAAAGGAGAAUCUACAAACACACAACUCUUUGAUCAGAAAGUAGUAAGCAAUGACCAAAGUGAUUAUCUAUGGUAUAUGACUACCGUUAAGUUUAGAAAACGAGAUCCAUUUUUGGGUAAAAACAUGUCUCUCCGCGUCAAUAGUACUGCUCAUGUCCUUCGUGUUUUUGUCAAUGGAAAACAUAUUGGUAGUCAACACGCUGAAAAUGGAAAAUUUCACUAUAUUUUUGAGAAAGAUGCAAAGUUUAAGUCCGGCCGUAAUGUCAUUUCUCUCCUUAGCAUAACUGUGGGACUUCAGAACUACGGUGCUUUCUUCGAAAGUGUUCCAGUUGGAAUCACUGGACCGAUUUCAAUUAUUGGAAGAAAUGGUGAUGAAACCAUAGUUAAGGACUUGUCUUCUCAUAAAUGGAGCUAUAAAACCGGUUUAAAUGGGUUUGAGAACAAACUCUUUAAAACGGAAUCACCGUCUAAAUGGUCAUUCCAAAGUGUACCAUUGAACCGAACCAUGACUUGGUAUAAGACUACGUUCAAGGCUCCAUUGGGAAAUGAUCCAGUUGUUGUCGAUCUUUUGGGACUUGGAAAAGGUACAGCUUGGGUCAAUGGAAACAACAUUGGACGCUAUUGGCCGGCAUUCAUUUCAAGCUCUGAUGGUUGUUCUGCGAAAUGUAACUAUAGAGGGGCUUAUUAUGCGGAAAAGUGUCAGACCAAUUGUGGAGAACCUACACAAAGAUGGUACCAUGUUCCUCGUUCUUUCUUGAUCACAGAAGGAGAUAACACACUAGUUUUGUUUGAGGAGAUGGGAGGAAACCCAUCGCUUGUCAAUUUUCAAACUACUAUAGUGGGAAGUGUAUGUGCCAACGUCUAUGAGAAAAAUGUUAUUGAGCUUUCAUGCGAUAGGAAAACUAUUUCUGCCAUCAAAUUUGCCUCUUUUGGUAACCCAGAUGGAAAUUGUGGAUCUUUCGUAAAGGGAACCUGCGAAGGAAGUAAGAACGCUGUUGAUAUUCUAACAAAAGAAUGUGUCGGAAAAGAGAAGUGUUCCAUUGAUGUCACUGCAGAAAAGUUUGGAGUACCAGAUUGCAGUGGUGCUGCUAGAAGGCUCGCUAUUGAAGCUAUAUGUUAAGUGUUUUCUAGAUUUAUGGUGUUUUAUCGUAUUUCUAAAUUAUGUAGUACUUUUCAUUUUCAAAUAUUUAGUUCAAUUUACUCAUUACUGGUUGUGAACUUAUUCAAUAAAUGUACACAUUAUUCUUUUUCUCUUGGAAAAUCCAUGGUCAUUUCUUCUCAACAAUCCCCAUUCUCUCUCGAAAAUAAGAUAAUUGUUCUCUUCAGUAUCUAUUGCUUUUCUCUUUUGUUUAUAUUUAUAUCUUUCUUAUCUACUACAUAUAUAUUCUCAUAUGAUUUUAUCUAAUCAUUAAUGAAUUCAAUGACAUUUUUAUUCUCUUGUAUAUCAAAUAUUUUUAAUGAACAUGCUUUUUUUUACGUCAAACGGCCAUUCUAUUACACAAACUUGAGGUGGUCUGGGUAACCAGACCGGAA